AUGUAUGGACGAAAGACACCAUCGACUUAUCGGUCGACACCCUCAGUGUAUUCACACUAUACAGGAAAAUCAUCCACAAACCUCCGUUCGUCAAAAUCGGUAAAGUCGCUAAGAGUCCCAUGGUACCAAAAGCCAAUUCUCCAUGAUGCUUUUGUUUUGGACUUGCAGAGGGGGUCUUUGCUCACAGGUUUUCUAUCGGUGUUCAUAGCGCUAUUUACAUUUGCACAAAGUAUAUUUGAUUUAUACUGUCUCGGUAUGGCAACACCAGGCUCUGUACACUAUGGGUAUUAUGUUAUGAGCUAUCAGUUUGUCUAUGUGGGAAGUGCACCAGUCCGCAAUGUUCUGAUAGUAUUCUCAUUGUUUUCCUGGAUUGGUGCUGUUGCUGUCCUAGUUACAAGUAUUAUACUGAUUAUUGCAUUACGAAAGGAACACGAAAAGCGCGUAGUGCCAUGGCUGUACACGUUCGGCGUGUUCAUAAUGUUUCGUGUGGUCGCGUUCGUGUUCGCCUCCAUUGUCAACGACAUGAUAUUCGCGUACAACAUAAUGAUGUGCCUUAUAUGGAUCGUGUUUUCUAUCUGUGGAGUCUACGGUUGGCUCUUGGUCUACAGUCUGUAUUUGGAGUUGUCUGAUUUGACUAAGCUCGAAGAUUUGGCUCAUUUGAGGAUGGGUACAAUGGCCUCGCUGAAUGCGUCUUUAGCUGGUUCGCGACCGACCACACCCCACUCCACAGUAUCAACGAUGCCGGCUUCGCAAAUAUGA